UAAAACAUCAUUUAUUAUCUACUACAUACCUAUUACGUAAUCACUAAUCAAUCAAGUUAAAACGUCAAUAAUAUAUGACAAAUUGAUCCAAAAAGAAAAUAAUAAAACACUAUAAAAAUGGGGAUAAAAAGUAAAUAAACAUCAAAAACCCCAAGAAAUAUCAGCCAUCAAAUAGCCAAAAACAGUCCGUAACCAGGGCAGAGUCCAGAACACCGUAAAAUGAACUUAAUGACCAAAGAAGACAGCUACGCAGAAAGGAGACAACUAUUUAGAAAUAUUUGGGAUACGGCGAUGCAAAUGAACGAGAAGGACGCAGCUAACAUAAUGAACAAACCGAAAGUUAUCAAAACACUAAGGUUAGACGAAGUGGACAGAUGUAUCAUAGGCAAAGGAAAGAAGGAAAAGAUUCGCACCUUGAGAACAGUUUGCAAAAAAAUAUUGGACUUUUGUGAUAGACAAGAUGAGGAUGAUCGGUUUUAUGCACAGGUAGCCGGAAAACAGGAGUUGCGCCAACAUAAUCCAGAAUAUAAACAUAAGAAAACAAAAACCCACAGGGGAAGGAAAAAGGUUAAAAAGUCUAAAAGUUUAUUUACGCCUUUAAAGUCUGUUGGUGAUACAACUAAACCAACGACUUCAGAAAGAAAGAAUCGCUAUCCUAGACCAAUCUUGAAUAGAACCAGGAUCUAUUCGCCAAUUAAGACAAAGAGACCUAUAAUUGUGCGGAGGACUUCGGUUAGACACGAUAUAUCGAAGGCUAAGUCUGCUUUUACUGAAGGAAAUAAUGCUGGCACUAGUCGACGUAAGAUUGUUAAGAAAAAACGUGGUAAAAGAAAAAAGCCAUCUGUUGGCGGUGACAGCAUCCCACCACCGAAGCCAUCAGGUACUUCAAAUAAUGUGCAUUACGUUUCUACCCCGUCGAGAGGACAUGCUAUUGUAAGACGCAUAAAAGAACUCCUAAAAAAUAAUAAAAUAACUGUCGCUCAGUCCACAAAGUAGGUGCACUGAGUUGAAAAAUCGUACCGAUUUGAAGUGUGGCAGAGCCAUACUUCAGCACGAAUGGGCUGGCUCGACUGGAGUGAUACCACGGCUUCACAAAAAUCCGACGUGAAACAACGCUUGCGUUGCGUUUCGUUGUGUGAGUGAGGUUACCGCAGGCCCAAUAGGGAUGAUGACGGGGUAUGAAAAUAAAAAAAUAUUUAGUCCGUCAGUUAGGCAAUGAAAAAAUAUUAGGAACGUAUUUUUUUUAUUUUGUCAAAUAAGAUAAAACGAAUCAAACUUUAGGAGUGGGAGCAAAUCGGUACGUCAUUUCUUGUCACGCGGUAUUUCAAAUCGAUAUAUUAUCUUCAAAAGUAUUUGUUUCCGUAAGAAAAUAAAAAAUACGUGUCUAAUAUUUUAAGAUAAUACACAUACAAGACGGAUAUUAAAAUAAAAAUUAUUCAUCUACCCUAUUACCCUCCUUCCCAAUCUUCCCAAUCCCCGAUUCCCCAACAAUAAAUUCCUAGCCCCCAAAAGUCCGGCAACGCACUUGUAACGCCUAUGGUGUUUCGGGUGUCCACGGGCAGCGGUGAUUGCUUACCAUCAGGUGAUCCGUUUGCUCGUUUACCGGUUCAUAACAAAAAUAAAACGAUAAUUUCUACAGACUUUAUUGUGUUAAGAAUAGUAGUAAUAAAUACCUAAUUUGAACUAGUUCUAAAAUACAAUAAAGAUAUCAGUAAC